AUGGAGAAUCCAGUGGCUGAAAUCCCCACCGUCAUCCGUCUUCUGACACAGUCGCCGCCCACGGUGCAAGAAACGGUCCUGGAGCGGUAUUUCACCAGCGAUGCCUCUUUCGUACACCCCUUCUGUCGAGUCCCCCACUUCCAAGGGAGUCGAUGGUGGGUGACCAAGAUCUUCCAGUGGUACAAAAUCAUGUCACCCCGGAUCGAGCUGGAAAUCCAUUCCAUUGCCUUUGAUGAGGAAAAGGCCAAGCUGUACAUAAACAUGUCACAAAUUUUCUCUAUCUGGCUAGUUCCGUUCCAUGUGGCUUCUGUGACCCUCACGAGUGUGUUGGAUUUGACCUGUGAACCCUUGCAAAGUGACGCCACGACCAAUGGGGACCGCAAGCUCUAUCACAUCUCCAAGCAAGAGGAUUUAUACCAAUCGUCGGAAUUUGUCAAGUUUAUCCUGCCACAUAUCGGACAUUGGCUCAUCUAUGGUUGGCACAUCAUUGCCACCCUUUUCUGCGUCGUGGGCGUGUCCUUGCUCUGGCCUAUCCUAUGGCUGGAGGAAAACCGUUACAUUCCAGGCCGCUUCUUGCGGGGUGGAAAUGUAGCUACCAACAUUGACAAGAAGAUACCAGAGAUCAAAGAACAGUAA